AUGGGCCUUUCUUACCAAGUUCCACCUCCACUAAAUAAUCUUCCCCCUGAACCGGGCACGCCUACUCAGGCCGCCCCUCCAGCUCCAUUGAUAAACUUUCUCCCGAAAACGGAGACAGAACAGGAGAGGAGAAUGAAGAAAAUGGAAGAGACCAUUAGAGCUCUCCAAGCGGGCAAUUCCCAUUCGAUUACGGCAUAUGCACACCCCGUGCAUUAUACGCAGCUCUAUCCAACGCAACAGGCAUACUCCCCGGCUAUCCCCACUGUUAUUCAGUCGCCACCACCGCAACAGUACGCUCCUGCUCAGGCUCAACAAGGUAGAUCCCCGACUUCGAGAUCUCCUCAACCGGCUCUACGUGCUCCAGCCCCGAGAACUCAAUUGGGCAAUGCUGCUCAAUCACGUCCGCGCAAGCAGUACACCACUCUACCAGCUCUUCCCUCCCAUAUAUUCAGGCAGCUUCUCGCGGGCAAUAAGAUCAAAACAGAGGCGCUCGGUCCCAACUUCGACCCCACAGUGCAGAAUCAAAACUUGAGCUGUGAAUUUCAUAAGCAUGCUCCUGGUCACACCCUGGACAAUUGCUGGAGACUUCAGGACAGAAUCCAGGAGAUGAUUGACACAAGACAGAUCUCCUUUAAUGAGGUGAAGCCACCGAAUGUCCUCACAAACCCUCUCCCCGAUCAUGGAUCAAGUUCAGGACCCUCCAUCAACAUGAUUAGCAUAGCUGCUAUCGGAGAAGAGAAGGAUGCACAGAGGACUUCAGUUCCAUUCAUCGUUAACUAUACUUCGACGGAUGGUGCAUUUACGUCUACCCCGUUUGUUGUUGAGGUUCCUACAAAAGAGUCAUAUCAAGACUGCCGAGUUCCUUGGGAUUAUGGGAGUGAGGUUGCCAAUAUGGAGCAGGAAAUGAGCGCGAUGGGUAUCACGCGCUCAGGUCACGUUUAUCAGGGCCCAAAGCUUGCGGACAAAGGGAAGGCUCCCGUUACUUCAUUCUCAGCCAUUCCAGAAGCCGCACCACUCCCUUCGAAGAAGGUCACCGAGCAAGAAGCCGAAGCUUUCAUGAAGGUGAUCAAAGCAAGCGAGUUUAAGGUUGUUGAGCAGAUGGGCAAAUCACCAGGCCACAUUUCACUGCUUGCCUUGCUUUUGAGCUCCGAGCCGCAUCGGGAUGCUCUGCCGAAGGUCCUUACGGCCGCACAAGUCUCGAAGGAGACUGCACCAAAUAGGAUCGAAGAGACUGUGAAUUCCAUCUUCUCAAAUCAAAUCUCCUUUGUCGAGGAUGAACUUCCGUCUGAAGGUCAGGGACACUUGCGAGCAUUGCACAUAGUUUGCAAGUGCAAUAAUCACGUCGAUGGUCGAGUCAUGAUCGACAACAGCUCCACUCUUAACGUUUGCCCAAUCUCCACGCUGAAACAGAUGAAAGUGGAUACGAGCCGCAUUCGUGCAAGCAAAACCAUUGUUCGAGCCUUCGACGGCUCUAAAAGAAUAGUGAAUGGAAAAAUCAAUCUCCUGAUUGAUGUGGGUCCUUGCUCAUUCUCUGUCACCUUCCAAAUCCUCGAGAUUCCCAAUGCUUUCAGUAUGUUGCUUGGGAGGACAUGGAUUCACGUCGUCGGCGCCGUUCCUUCAUCACUGCAUCAGAAGCUGAAAUUCUUCAUCGAAGUCGAUCCAUCCCUGGCCGAUCGCAUGAUUGGGAAAGUUCUGUUAAAGAACGACUACGUCCCCGGAACUGGACUCGGGGCACACGCUCAGGGAAUUCUCCGACCAAUCAAAAUGGAGGAAUAUCGUAAUAGGAGAGGACUUGAUUUUCGCCCCUCCUGUCAUGAGAUCAUGCAAGCUCGUCGCGGAAAGCAUCUCCACCAUCUUGCGGCACACUACGGGAAGCUCUCUAGGGGCAUUCUGGUUCCACUGCUUUCGCAGUUUUUCCCUGCACCACCGUAA